AUGGGCGAGUUCCAGGAAGCAGUUCAGAAGAAGAAGAAGAAGAAGAAGAAGAAGAAGAAGAAGAAGAAGAAGAAGAAGAAGAAGAAGAAGAAGAAGAAGAAGAAGAAGAAGAAGAAGAAGAAGAAGAAGAAGAAGAAGAAGAAGAAGUGAUCACUGGAACAAGAAGUUUAUUGGUCGAUAAACUUCUUGUUCCAUUGAUCGCAUCUUCUUCUUCUGAUAAUGUGUUGGUUUGUCAGCCGUAAGCCACGAUGACCAGAGGUGCCAAUAACACACCUCACCACUUUCUCUAAGUGUUUCCCGAGUCAUCACUUGUCAUUGCUGAGAGCCAUUCCAACGCCGAAAGAAAACACACACUAUCACUAAGACAUUUCACGAAACUUUGAUCACGAACGCUGAAUGCACUAUGUCUACUUUCAAGUGCGCUGACCAGCCUUCGUCUAAUUCAACAUCUAUUAAACCGAUGUUGUCAAAAUUACGAUUCAGUGCUCCAGAUCGAUGAGAAGUUUCUAGAAUUCUAAACAGGUCUGGUCCAAUCCCCAAGGGUUGACCUUGAAUUUCACAACAUACGAGGCCAUGCGCGCACGCGUACACGCACGAACGCGUGGUAGGCUCUCCGUUCGCGUCGUUUAUUCUGGUACACUGUUCCAGAAGGAGGUAGAAAUCCGAAGGCUGACUGCAGUCAACUGGUCCAAUCAGCAACCAGUGACCUUGGCGUAUGCAGUCGCUGUGCGCGCUCCUCGAUGCGCUAGACCGUGUCAGUAUCGCACGCGUGCGUUAUGUGCAGAGGUGGUUUCGAUGACGUCAGCGGCAAGCACUGACUGUCAAUGCGGCCUUCUGUAGUGCUCCCUGUCUUUAAAUGGUAAUCCAGACAGUGGCGCGUCCCUAAAGUCCAACGGUGCAUCAGUCUAGGCUUGAGUGUGGAAAACAAGGCAAUCACUCUUUGAUGGGAACGAACCUCUGGCUGAUUUUUUUGCUAACGGGUGGAGGACGUAAGGGCUCGCGGGGAUGGCUAAUGAAGUGUGCGCGGACAGAAAAAUGUUGAUCCUGUGUGAACUCGGGACUGAUUGUUCAAACUGGAAGCAUUAUUAGUUUGAGGGCGAUGGAUGAGGGAUGGCGAAAGUGGGGUGAUAAAAUCCAGUUAAUGUACAUGUAGAAUGAGAAACAGCAAUGAGAUAACCCCUCUGGAUGGAGAGGCGACCCUGGCACACCGGCUAAACGACCGGUGGGAAUGCAACGUUAUGGGCAACUGCAGGGAAGGGUCGAAGAGGAGCCAACGUUGAGCGAGAGGGAGCGGGAGAUGAGAACGACGGUACGUUGUAGGAGGGGGUGUCGGCGGUAGCGGGGGGAAGGGACACCGGCCGUCUUCGCCAGCACGCAGUUGCACCAUCGCCAUCCCAGGUCCGCGCCAAAAGUGUUAUAAAAUUCAAACAACCCUGUUCAGUCCAAGGGACGUUACAGGACGACUGCCUCACACGCGUAACAGACACGACAGUCUGGACAGGUUGUUUGAGUGAACUGAGGACACAGCGGCUCGGACUUGGGAUGGGGAUGGUGUUAUGAAGUGCCAGUGGAGACGCCAGUGCCCCCUCCCAUUCUCAGUCGCCGACCCUAGUCGUUAAAGUUAUCGUGGAUCGUUUCAUCUUAUAUUAUCCCUCACUCAAUGUCAGUAUCCCCAUGUCCCUACCCCGCAGGUAUCCCAACGCUGCACUCCCCAACGGUGGUUUAGCGGGCACAACGAAACACUCCCCACUCCGGGGGAGACUGUAA